GCCGAAGUCCUCCACGGCCGACAGCAGCUGACAUCCUCGAAGUCCAAGAUUUUCCGCGGAAAUCGUUAUCGUGAGCGUCGCAUGCGGAUCGAACGUCGCGCCGAUCGUCACCCGACGUCGUCCAACGGCGCGUCCGUCGCCGCUCCUCCCGCCAGGCUCCUCUCGGCGAUCGACCGGACUGCUCGGCAUCCAAAUAAGACGCACCUAACCUCGAAGAGAGCCCAGCGACGGUCAUGACGUCUUGAACGUCGUGAAUGUGGCUGCUCUCCGGCCGUAUCAUUGUGACGCGCUACACGACAGCAAUCAUAUCGCGCGGAAGAGAUACAUCCGGCGAGUCGGGAAGUCUUCCGAAGUGGCGGAGAUACACGAACAUCCUCGAAAAGCUCAACCCGGAACGGCGGAAGGAGGUGUGCAGUCUCCUUGAGGAAGCCUCGGCGUAUUAAUGGCCGGCUAAGGAGCGACACGGUGUGACUAAUGGUCGCGUGUGAAUUGAGAGUCGCAAGUGCUUUCGGCGAGUAGCGCCCCGGCCGCAAUUCCCUACCAUGCGCUCUGCUUCGGAUGCACAUUGGGUAACAUCCGUCAAGUAGAGGAUCGUAUAAUGAGCCACUCGGGGGAGGACUGCAUGAGAUAUUGAAAUUGACGCAAAGGUGUGGACGUUCCGAGUGAUUCAAGAUGCGACAGUGUUGCCUGAGCCAUCAGGUCCUGCAAUGGCUGCUCUUCCUGAUCCUGUGCGCCGUUCGCGGCCGUGCGGAUAUCCUAGUGUUCUCCGCGGAGGCGAGACACCAGAUCGCGGAGGAGUUCCGAGACAUGCCCGCGAAAUUCGGCGGUCUGAUACCGACCGAUGGGAUCAAGGGCAUGGUAGUCUAUUCCGAUCCUCCUAAUGCGUGCCAUGAGAUACAGGGUCCGCCAAAUAAUGUCAGUUACAAUAGUAAUUGGAUAGUUUUAAUACGACGUUACAAUUGUAGCUUCGAAAUAAAAGUUCGAAUGGCGCAGAAAGCUGGAUACGAUGCCGCGAUCAUUCAUAAUAUGAACAGCAACGAAUUAGAACCCAUGUCAGCGAAGGAUCCCGUGGGAAUUUUGAUACCGUCUGUGUUUGUCAGCGAAGUUACGGGGAUAGUCCUCAAGGAAAAUUAUUUAUACAACCAGCAGUAUUUUGUAUUGAUUAACGAUGAUCUGCCGUUCAAUAUUAACACACACCUGCUCUUGCCUUUCGCCAUUGUUGUUGGAAUAUGUUUUCUAGUCAUGCUUGUUUUUAUGGCUGUGCAGAUUGUUAGAUGCAUCAAGGACAGGAGACGGCAACGGCGGCACAGGUUAUCUAGCUCCAGUUUAAAGAAGAUUCCUACACACAAAUACACGAAGGGCGAUCCGUAUGAAACGUGUGCCAUUUGCUUGGAAGAUUACGUGGAGGGAGAGAAAUUGCGGGUUUUACCGUGUGCGCAUGCUUAUCAUUCAAAAUGUAUCGAUCCCUGGUUGACGAAAAACCGAAGAGUAUGUCCCGUCUGCAAGAGAAAGGUUUUUACGGCUGAUGAACAGGUAGUGACUGACGAAAGUGAUUCAGAUGCCGAUGACACGACACCUCUCAUUCGUGACGGUCAUCAUGGCACCCAAGGAGGAACGUUCACGCGACAAAGGGAGAAUCCCUUCAACAGAGCUAGGAGAUCGCAGACCAGGCAGGAUAGUAGCUCGAGCAUUAACAGCUCCGAUUCCGAACAAUCUUUUGCUACCGACGAUAGGAUUAGCACCAGUGCCGGCGAGCCAUCCAGCGGCACCGCUUUUAUGGUAUCCGAUACUCACAGCAUAAACGGCGAGCCGCAGGAACUGGAACGUUCGGCCAGCGAUAACAAUUUAUACGCGGAAGCUCAGGACUACCCGGCAUCUGUUGUGCAAAUCGUACCGGUACGGAACACGAGGGCUGCGUUAAACUCCACUACACCGAAUUCCGAUUACACGAUCGUAAUUCCGGCCGCCAGUUCCAGCAGGAACGACGUCGUUACGUAAUGGCCUGACAUCGUCUGCGACCGUCGUCGCACGUUACAAGCCGUGCGUGUCUUGCGGGCCGGUGGACGUUAAUACAAGUGACAGGCACACAAUGAGGAUGGAUGAUCCGAAAGUAGGUAGUAUUUUUAACGUAUGCGAAUCACCAUACUUCUCUCAGAUAUUAUUACGACAUUGCUUUACGCCAAAUAUUCUUUUGCGCCGACCCGCGCGUUAUCCGAUAUAUACACGCAUAUCCGGUGGAUUUAUACGUUACAAUAUGUUAUCGUUUCUUGUUUUUCUUCUUUUCUCCUGCGCCGAAUAAUGCAUACAAUGACUUAGGUGUCGCGGAUUGAUUGACGAUCUUCCCAUCUUUUAUCACGCGAUCGCGCGACACUGUUCGAGAAACAUGAAUUUCUUUCUUUUAAUUUGAACCAUGAAAUGAACGCCAGCGCAUCUCGAUGGGACAACUGAUUAUUCCGUAUGUUGUUUGCGAGUCGAAAAGAUAUCAGUUACAUUCUUGUCCGAUUCGUCUGAAUUUCCGUUGGAGACCUUUCUCAGUUAUUACAUAGGCGUGAGACUGCGAGCUCUAGUUCACUCUGUUUAAUAAACUGUUACUUUGUACGCUUAGCUUAAGAACCACACAUGGCCUAUACUUGAUUUGCGUAUCACGAGAUUGAAAAUUUAUUCGCAAUUCUUCUCGUCGUUCAGUUACCAAACCAUUAAGCACGAUACAUAGUACGCAUAAACGAUGAGUUUACAGCGAUUACGUUAGACGGCAUGUGACAAACAGCUCCGGGUGAUACCGCAAAGAGUCGACGAAACUGACUUCGUUAACUGUAUCGGCUCUGUAAAUAUUAUUUGUUAAUAUAUAACAAUCAAGAGACCAAAAAUAUAAACACGAAUUCCUCUCAGUGCAGGACGUAGGAUAUCGUAAAGUGUGCGCCAAUGCGUGACCAUUCGUUAUUGCGACGAAACGGUCCCUCUCCGAGACGUGAACGUCGUUUUAGAUGUAAUUACCCGCUAAAUUUAGACGCUAAGUUGAUCAAGUUGAAUCUUUAGUGUUAAGUUUUACGGAAGAUUUACUGUUAUCCAAAGUAUACUACUGAACUACUACUACUAAAAUGUACCAUUUUAUAUAUAAAAAGGUAGAAUAGUACUUAUAUGAAAAAAUGGGUUGUAUACAAUACGACGUGUCGACAAUUAUUGAAUAUCGCUACCAUCAAGUAUAUGAUGGCGUUUCCAUUCGAUUUCUAAUCGCGACGAAGCAACGGGGACUAAAAGAUUGCAUGAUUUUAAUGAGGGGCGAUCGCACAUCAUCUCAAUCAAUCAUACGCAGCCAUCCGGUGCUAACACGCGUGGCUCUAUUACCUCAUCGUAAAGUGGAUGGAUCUGCUCGUGCGGAGACGUUGACGAGAGGCCGCGAGGACAUAUCGAACGGGGAACGAUGAAAUUUUGUUGCUCAUACAUAUAUAUUGACUCGUGUACACGCAUGCAAUUCAGUUUCGGGAAAGGUGAGAAUAUAUAUAACGCUCGAACACAUCAGAUAUAUCAAAAGCAGCGCGCAAGGCAUCGCGGUAGGAUUGUAAAAAGAUAUGUAAAUAAAUUAGCGUCGGAGGAUUCUAUUGUAUAAGCGCGGUACGCGAAAGAUAUUUUUAUUUGUUUUUUAUAAUCGUCAAAUCGGGACACAAGUAUUUGCUAUUAUCUUAUUGUUUAACAAUUAAUGUAACACUCUAAUAAAAAUAAAAUGUAUUUAUAUUUUCUA